CUGAUGCUGACAGAUUGUGAAUGCCCUUCCUGACUUGCAUGAUUCUCUGAGCCACCUAUCGAUGAGGACAUCUGGAAUGGCUUUCUUUAAGCAGCAGAGAGUGGAGGAUUUUUAUGAAAUUGGAGAAGAACUGGGAAGUGGCCAGUUUGCUAUCGUGAAGAAAUGCUGCGAGAAAAGCUCUGGAAUUGAAUAUGCAGCGAAGUUUAUUAAGAAACGGCAGGUUCGAGCCAGCCGGAGAGGAGUGAGACGUGAGGAAAUUGAACGGGAGGUUAACAUCCUACAGCAGAUCCAGCAUUCCAACAUUAUCACCUUACAUGACGUUUAUGAAAAUAAAACAGAUGUGGUCCUCAUUCUGGAACUGGUAUCUGGAGGAGAGCUGUUUGACUUCUUGGCUCAGAAAGAAUCUCUGAGUGAAGAAGAAGCAACUGCAUUUAUUAAACAAAUCUUGGACGGAGUGCACUAUCUCCAUUCCAAAAACAUCGCACACUUUGAUCUCAAGCCAGAAAACAUUAUGCUUCUCGACAAGGUACCUGUACCGCAUAUCAAGUUGAUAGACUUUGGCCUCGCUCAUACGAUUGAGGAUGGAGUUGAAUUUAAAAACAUAUUCGGAACCCCUGAAUUUGUCGCUCCAGAAAUUGUGAAUUAUGAGCCCCUUGGGCUUCCUGCAGAUAUGUGGAGCAUAGGAGUCAUUACCUAUAUACUGUUAAGUGGCGCUUCCCCUUUCCUCGGUGACACGAAGCAAGAAACCCUUGCCAACAUCUCUGCCAUGAAUUAUGACUUUGAUGAAGAAUUCUUUAGCCACACCAGUGAACUGGCAAAGGACUUCAUUAAAAAGCUUCUGGUGAAAGAUACCAGGAAAAGGUUAAGCAUUAAAGAAGCUCUUUCACACCCAUGGAUAAUGUCUCAUCAAAAGAAAGCACAGCGAAACAAGGAGAGCAAGAAACAGCAUCACAGGCAGCUGAAGACCAAACGUCUGAAAGAAUACACCAUCAAAUCCCACUCGAGCAUGCCACCCAAUAACACAUAUGUGAACUUUGAAAGAUUUGCCAAAGUGGUAGAGGACCUCUCUGUGAUGGAGACGACCUUCAGCGGGCUUACUUCAUCACACGAUUCUCUUCAGGAAGAUAUUGAUGCAUUGAUUUCAAUCUAUAAUGAAAAGGAAUCCUGGUACAAGGAAGAAAAUGAAAGUGUCCGACACGAUCUUUCCCAGAUUAGGUACGAGUAUCGUAAAGCUGAAUCCAAGAAGAAGCAGCUCCAAGAUGAAAUAAAAGGUGUGCAUAACGUGCUGAAUACAGUCAAUGCAAAAUACGAUGAACUAAAAUCCCAUUUUGAAUCUCUGAGCCAAGAGAUCUCUGCUGAAUUGAAAUGGGUCCAGGAAGUAAUCGCCUCUUUUCAGACUGAACAUAUGAAUGAAGGAUACCUGGAUGGAAACUUUGCUUCUGUCUUCAACAAAGAUCUGAAUGAAACCCUGAAGGAUCUGUUAAGUGGCACGUGCAAUGGAGAACUUAUCACCAGCCUAACAGCAUCAGAGUCGAGUCGUUAAAGUUACCUAAAGGAAGUCUGAUGACACCAGGUUCAUACAUGAUGUUAAAACAUAGGAAAAGUUUAACAUUUUGCUCAGACCAUCCUGGAGAAAGAAAACAGUUUGAAGCAAAUGUAUUUCAAUUAAAGCAAAGUAAUCAGGAUGCUGGAGAUCUGAAAUAAGAACAGAAGGUGCUGGAGUAACUCAGAACGUCUGACAGUAUUUGUGGAGAGAGAAACAGAGCUGAUAUUUCAAACCCAAUAUACAACAAAAUAUAUUAUAAAUUUUGGAAUGGUUCUGAUGUGUAAUAUCAUAUUGAUCUGUAACAUAAAGUUUACAUAGUAUAUUAAUGUUGCAGAAUGGAAGAGAGCAAUACUGGACUCGAUGUUAGCUUGGUUUCUCUCUCCACAGAUGCUCCAUACUACUGAGUUCCUCUGACACUUUCUGUAUUUCAUUUUUAUAUUUGUUUUGUACUUCUACUUUAUUUAAAUUCUGAAUAGGGCAAAAUUCAAGUAUUUUAUCAAGAUUGAGAACUAUUUGUAUUAACUUUUAUCUGUUCGACCAGCUUUCAACAAAAAAUCAGAACAAUCCUUUACAGCAUCGAUUUUUAAUCAAGUUAAAUGAAGCACACUUAAACAAAAUGAUAAACAAAACAAAGAAACAAUUAUUAACCAAAGCGAUGGAAGGGUAAAUUCAAUAGUUCCGCACUCCCAGCCAAGAGAUUGCUCUCCCAUUUGUCAGUUAGAAAAUCGUUUUUUUUUCUCCAAAGUAUUCUUCCUUUCAUCUUGGCUUCCACUGUGUGUGGAAGUUAUCAAAUAAUUAGAAGUGGUGUACAAUGUUAGUGUCCACAAUCUUUUAGUUUUACAAGCAUCUAUUUCUGCGUUGAUUUGUGGAAGAAUUUGAUCUGAGUGGUGUGGGACUGAAGAAUGAGGAUUGUCUUUUCAAUGAUGUGACCUCUGCCUGUGGAUGGCUAGUAAUGGAUUGAUUAGGAUAGUGAUUAUAUCUGACGUGAAUUAACUAACCUGUAUGUAUUUAGGAUUACAAACCCAAUUGCUGUAACUGGUCACUUUUUUUAAGUUGCUGCUGAGUUCCUUACUGAUUAAGUACAAAAGUUCAACCUGUAGUUAACCUUUUGAAUGAUCAGACCCUGAACAAGAGAAUUCCUCCUGUCAACGCAGCAAAAAUGUUGGAGCUCCUGGUGGAAAUGAAACUAUAUCACAUCCCUUCGACAAGCAAUUUGAUGCCUUUUUAGAACAUGCAAUAUUUCAUCGUGAACCCUGGUGGGCUGGAAAAUACAUUCAGCAGAGGUCAAGUUGACUUCCAUUGAAUAUAAUUUCUUCUUACCCUUAAAGCACAAAUGAGGCUUUGGGUAAUUGGACAGGUACCUGAUGUUUCCUAGGUAUCAAGAUACAGGUGGUGCCAGGCCAGGAUUAAGCUAAAUUAGCAUAGUUUAUUGGCUGCUUUUUUUUUUGACAACAUCUUAGAAACGAGUUUGAGAAAUUACUGUGAAUUAUGCUUUGGCAUAAACGUUAGGCGUGUUCAUCAAAUUCUCCUCUGUGCCUAACUGAGAUAUUAGGUAAGAUUUUAACUUGCUCUACACGUAUCCACAUUGCAGAAUUAAAAUCAGACCCAUUAACUCAUAUAAAAUGAGUGUUCAAAUAGUGAAAAAGUGAGUUUUGUUAUCAGCAUAUCAAGUGCUGGAACAGUAACUGUAAGUGGAAAGCAUCUUUAAUCCCUGUCAUACUACACAUUAUUUCCAAUGCUCACCGAAAGUUGAGGGUUUCUUUGAUACACCGUAAGUUUGCCUGGAAGUUAAAUCCUAUUCUAUUGGUACCUUUUUUUUUAAAGAGUGUGCCUAGUUUUGGAAAUCACUUGUGAUUUAUCUUUGCCAUUGGAAGCACUUUUAGUCUUGGGCAUGAAUCCAAACCACUCUGAGGCUGUCUUCCGUACAUCUACUGGCAUAUACCCCAAUGAAUACACCAAUAACCGGGUAUUAACCAUUACCUUCCAUAACUUUCUACUGUGCUGCAUCAAGUCAACGAUUUCCUUCAGCAUGUAACAACAUCUGAGAUAAGGAAAGAAUUUUCUUUUAUAAAGCACAAUUCAUAAGGGUAUACUGAAGUUCUUCGCAGUCAAUGUAGUACUUUUUGAAACCGGAGUCUGUUACGUUAACAAUUGGACAUUCUCCUGGAAGUUUGAAGAAUCAGUCCUGAUAUUUAUUUUUCCAGGUCUUAGUGCAAGUAUGCAGAUUAAGUGACCAAAUCACUGGAGAUUGGCUGCUAGACUUAUGGGUAGAAAUGCAAGUUGUAAUGUCUUGUAGUUUAUGGGAGACCAAUUGGAACACUGUCCCUUCCUAAUUGCAGUCAGGGACCAAGCACACGCUGGCAGCUACACCACUUAUAAGAGUUCAUUAAUUAUGGCAGGCUCAAUUAAAACACAACUACAUUUUUGAAAAUGUUUACAAGACAGUCACACCUGCCAAUAUGUACUUGCAUUUCACACAUGCUAAUCGAUGUUCUGCUCCUCUAACACUGUUAAUGAAAUUGCUUCCUGUACUUUCAGUUUAAAAAAAUUCAAGUUAACUAGUGUCUGAGGCAGGUUUAAAUAACUGCCAGGGUAUUUAAAAAUUAGCUGAGCUCAUCUCUCUUUUUCUUUUGGGAAGAACUUUUCCAGGCUAGAUUCAGAUCACCAAAAAGUGACUUAGGCCCAGGGUGCUGACAUCAUCCCACUGAGAAGCUUUCUCAAAGGAAACUGACAUAUUUUGCUGCCUGCUGACAUUUUAAAAAUUGCACCCUCUUUGCUCUGCCUGGUCUCGCUCGCGCUCGCUCUCACUUGUCUCUUGGCUUCCCUCUAGCCCCUCAGUUUCCUUCUCUGCUUGUCUCUGUCAUUCCCCUCCCUGUAACCUGUCUCUCUUGCUUUCUCCUCCAUCUGGUCAUCUUUCUCCCUUCUUCCACUGUCUAUCUGCCUGCCCCUUGCUGACCCCUGUGUCUGCCUGUCUCUCUCGCUUCCCUCCUGAUCAGGCAGUGAUAACCUUUAACACCCCCACACCAUUCUGACCAGGUAGACUGGGUAUAAUAGAGGUUGAGCUAUUCUAGGGCCAAGAAGAAUACAGUAAACACCUUAAAUAUAUUAAACAUGAUCUUUGUCUGGACGCCCUGCCCAAUCUUCUCAAAGGUCUGCAGGUCAAGAACUGAUCUGUUCAGUCACACAAUGAUCCAUGGAAGAAGCCAACCUACCCGGAGUGGACAUCAUCCAGGGACAGCCAAUGAUGACUGAGAUUGAGGUAGCAUUGAGUUGGAGGAUCCCAUUCCCAAUAAAAUCAUGGAAAAGGGUCUAGUGUUCUGCUGGCUCUAAGUUGAUGUGGGCUCUUUGGCACAAAUUGCGAUUCAAUCUACUCCGCAUAGGCUCUGAAAUUAGCCUCCUGCUGUCUUAAAUUAUCUAACCAUUGCGAUACUUCUAUUCCUUGCCCCCACAUAGCCUUAUGGAGACAUAAAGAUCUAUGGCAUAGGAAAAGCCUUUUUUGACCCAUCGAGUCUGUGCAAACAAAAACAAACAUCUAGCUAUUCUGAUCCUAUUUUCCACUACUUGGCCCAUAUCCUUGUCUGCUUGUGAUGCCAAAAUAUUUUACUUAAUAUAAAUAAGUAAAUAUAAUGGCGGUUUCUGUCUCCACCUUAUUUAUAGAUGAUGAAUUGCUGAUUCCACCACCCUCAGGGUGGAAAGGUUUUUCCUCUGAUCCGUUCUACACCUUACCUUAAAUCUAUACUCCUCAUCAUUGAUAUCCCCGUCAUCAAAGGGAAAAGUUUCUUGUCAACCCUAUCUAUGCUCCUCAUAAUUUUAUACAUCUCAAUCAUGUUGUCUCUUAAUCUCCUCUGCCCUAAGGAAAAGAACCCCAGUCUGUUAAAUUUCUCUUCAUAGCUGAAACUCUUACCACGAUGUUGCCUUGGUGGAAUCUCCUGUGCACUCUCUCCAAAGCAAACACAUCUGUCUAAUAAAUGUGGAUUCCAGAACUGCAACACUUUAUUUAAAUUUAUUUUAAACGCAUCCAUGAUAUUUUUCUUAACUGGUCCACCAUAGCGGCAUUAACAAGUGCCAUAUGUUUAUAAUCUCACCCCCAAACCCCCAUUAAAAUGGACUCUCAGUGUCUACUCUAUUGAAUCCUUUUCAGGAUUUUAAAGGCACUAUUGAAUCAAUUCUGCCAUUUCUUUCCAAUAGGAAACAACCACAAUUGGAUGUUUUGGUCCUAUGUAUUAAUCACAAUUCUGGGAUUUCCUUUCGGGACCUGAUUACUUUAUUGGGGGUUUCAAAUUGUGCCAAUCAGAAAUCUGAGUGGUUUCAAUUUCUGCCAGUUAUCAAAGGAUAUCAUCGUCUAUUUAACUACAUCGUACUCUGAAUAGUAUUGUUUAAAUCAUCAACAAAUUCCUGCAUAACAGCUUGUUCAUGAAUAACAAACAUGUUGUGACCUUGAACUCCCCUUAUCCUGAGCCUUGAACUCCCCUCAUCCUGAGCCUUUAACUCCAAAAUAUACUAAGGCUUUCCUUUUGUUUAGCUGGGUUUCGAGGAUUGAGCCUAUGGUCACAAUUAGUGUUGCCAAUGAGAAAAAUAUUGAAGAUCCAGUAAUGGCUGUUUUAUCGAAUGUCUCGCUGCAUAAAGGUGGUGGAUUAUUAAGAAAAAGUUAACCUCUUGUGUGCUGAUUAUUUUCUUUUGUAAGUGUGUAUCAUUUGAUGUCUUGCUGUGCU